AUGGUGGUCGUCAAGAACAUCUUCCCUUGUUCCAAUGGCACAACAAUGCCCCUCUCCACUCUCUCAUCCAAUUCCUUCCUCGACCUUGAGAAGGGUGAUCCACUGGUGUUCGGGUCGUAUUGGAGGAAGAAGAGUGAAGAGUGCACAGUGGUGAUAAAAGGGUGUGAGUUGAUGAGUUAUUUGAGUGAUCCAAGCAACGUGUGUUGGUACAUGUUGGGAGAGCUAAGAGAUGCAAUAAAAAGGCUCCACAAUGUGGUUGGCAAUGCUGUCACCCAAGACAAACACAUCGUGGUGGGGACUGGCGCCACUCAGCUCUUCCAAGCUGCUUUGUUUGCUCUCUCUUCAGAGGCUCCUCAACCCAUCAACGUUGUCGCUGCUGCUCCAUUUUACUCGGAAUACCAAGAUGAGGUUGAUGUUUUGCGUUCAGGGUUGUAUCAAUGGGGUGGUGAUGCUGCUAAGUAUGAUAAAAAUGAACCUUACAUAGAAGUGGUGACCUCUCCAAACAACCCUGAUGGAACUAUUAGGGGACCUGUUGUUAGCUCUAAAGCUGAAGGGAAGCUGGUUCAUGAUUUUGCCUAUUACUGGCCACAUUACACUCCCAUUACUCACAAGGCUGACCAUGAUAUCAUGCUCUUCACUUUCUCCAAAUGCACUGGUCAUGCUGGUUCCCGUGUUGGGUGGGCUAUUGUGAAGGACAUUGGAGUUGCCAAGAAGAUGACCAGAUAUGUGCAAAUGAGCUCCAUUGGCGUGUCAAAAGAAUCCCAAACUCGAGCUGCUAAGAUCAUUGGAGUGCUUUGUGAUAGUUACCAAAACUUUGGGUCCGUGGAAUCUGAGCUCUUCUUUGAAUAUAGCAAACGCAUCUUGAGGGAAAGGUGGGAGAAAUUGAGGCUAGUUAUUGAACAAAGCAAGGUCUUCACUGUGGCCAAGUAUCCAAGGGCGUAUUGUAACUUCACUAAUGAGACAUCUGAAACAUAUCCUGGUUUUGCAUGGUUGAAGUGCGAGGAGGGCAUAGAAAACUGUGAGAAUUAUCUGGGAAAAUUGAAGAUCCGUGCUAGAGGAGGACAGCGAUUUGGUGUUGAUCCAAAGUAUGCUAGGCUUAGCAUGAUGGGCAAGGACGAUGAAUUCAUUGAACUAUUGAUUAGGCUCUCAAAUGAUAAAAAGGAACGUGAAUAG